AUGUCUGUGAGUGACAUGUCCGCAGUAUUAAACAUCCUCCGCGCCCUGUACGGACACGUCCAGACUCUGGAGGAGUUCGUCAGCAGCCUGGACUUCAGAGAGGGCAGGAGGGUAGUUCUGGUCGAGGAGUCCGACACGAACCUCCUCAGAUCCUUCGUCACAUGUAUUUUUGUGUGCUUUGAUAAGAAGCUGCAGCAGGUUCCGAGCUGCAACCAGAUCUGCUCUCCUCUAGAACUGCUGGCUUUCGUUCUCAACAGCAUGAAGAGGAAAAAGAAGAGGAAUGUCUUGGCACAUGGCUACAGCUUUCUGUCUCUGGGACAGCAGGAUCGAGAUGCAGACCUGUUCAAAUUCCAAGCAGAAGUCACGCAGAGUGCCGCCUACCUCCACGGCAGUGACCUGUGGAAGAGAGUCCUCUUACGUCUUGGCACAGACGUCGCACGCUACCUGCUGGAGAGCUGCUCUGUGUUCAUGGCAGUCCCUCCGUCGUGUGCUUUCCAGGUGUGUGGUGCCCCUGUGUAUGACAGGGUGACCCUGACCACCGCGUCAAGCAAGUUUUGUCUGCAAUCUCAAGCCAGGAGGCGCAGUUGCUCUCUACUUCAAAAGACUCGAAGGUUAAAUUCGAAUCGGAGACAUGUCUGUGAGAAACCUAAAGGGAGCAAAAUAAGGAAAGGUAAACGGAAAAGAAAGAGGGGACCAGAUCAGCUGGAGGAGCAGACUGUGGCGAGUAAAAGGAGACGGGUAAUCCAGUUAGAAGACAAACGGGGAACUGAACCGACGUGUUCAGAAACAGCAGAGGAAGGACGGACCACGUCUGGGGUAUCAUCAGUGACGAAGAGAAAUGUGGAAAGUAAUGUGACGGCUUUCAAACAGCCUGCUAAGACACCACCCGGCGUCCCUCACUUUGAAGGUGGUCCUAGUUGGAGAUCGGGAACUUUUCCACCUUUACCGACCUCCCAGUGUUUCAUCCGCACGCUGGGGUUCCUGUACGGUGGCAGGGGGAUGCACAGCUUCCUUCUCAACAGGAAGAAGAGAACCGGGGACAGCGCCAGAAGGUUACAGGGGAAAGAUUUGAUCAGAAUGAUCUUCUUUGAGGGCCUUAAGUAUUUAAACGGGCUGGAGAGAAAACCAAAGAAACUUCCCAAGCGUUUUUUUAGCAUGGUUCCUCUGUUCAGUCAUUUGCUUCAACAACAUAGAAAAUGCCCGUACAGCAGGAUUCUGCAGAAGAUGUGUCCACUGGCUGAGGAGAGCCCAGAGGUACAGGCGAAGUUAAAGUCGCUCUUACCCAAACACUCCACACCCCAUCAGGUCUACCUGUUCGUCAGGGAAUGCCUCUCUGCUGUGAUCCCACAUCAGCUGUGGGGCUCCAACCACAACCGUCUUCACUUCCUUGCCAGAGUCAGAGGUUUCCUGCAAAGCAGCAAAUACGAACGGAUCUCAGUGUCUGAACUGAUGUGGAAGGUGAAGGUGAACGACUGUGACUGGCUGAAGAUCAGUAAGACUGGUCGCAUUCCGCCCAGUGAGCUGGCAUAUCGGACGCAGAUCCUGGGCCAGUUCUUGACUUGGCUUUUGGAUGGGUACGUUGUAAGCCUUGUCCGAGCUUGUUUUUAUGCGACGGAGAGCAUGGCGCAGAAGAACGCCGUCAGGUUCUACAGACAGGAAGUGUGGGCCAAACUUCAAGACUUGGCCUUCAGAGGUCACCUGGCUAAAGGGCAGAUGGAGGAGCUGUCUCCAGCUCAGGUAGCUUCCCUCCCCAAAGGGACCGUAAUCUCCCGACUGCGCUUCAUCCCCAAGACUGACAGCAUGAGACCCAUCACACGAGUCGUAGGAGCAGAUGCUAAAACAAGGAUCCACAAGGCACGUGUCCGGGACUUGCUGGACAUGCUGCAGGCCUGCGUGCACUCCACUCCAUCCCUCCUUGGCUCCACAGUGUGGGGCAUGACCGAUAUCCACAGGGUGUUGUGCUCGCUGGCACAGUCUCAGAAAGACGAACCACAACACCUCUACUUUGUUAAUGUGGAUGUGAGUAGAGCCUAUGAGAGCCUGCCACAUGACAAGCUGGUAGAGGUGAUUAACCAAGUCCUUUCACCUGUUCAGGAUGAAAUCCUUUUCAUCCGCCGCUAUGCCAAGAUUUGGUUGGAUUCCCAUGAAGGUCUGAAAAAGGCCUUCCUUCGACAGGCAAGUUUCCUGCAGGACAGCAUGGGGUCCUCCAACAUGAAGGGGUUUUUGAUGUCACUGCAGAAAAGUGGAAAAGCCCAUCAUGCCAUCCUGGUGGAGCAGUAUUUCAGCUCUGAUCUUUGUGGCAGAGAGGCUUUACAGUUCUUCACCCAAAUGUUAGCUGGCAGCGUGGUUCAGCACAAGAAGAAGACCUACCGUCAGUGCCGAGGGAUUCCUCAGGGAGCGGUGGUGUCCAGUCUCCUCUGCUGUUUAUGUUAUGGCCACAUGGAAAAUGUUCUGUUCAAAGAUAUCUCUGAAAACAAAGGGUGUUUGAUGAGACUGGUGGAUGACUUCCUUCUUAUCACACCAGAUCACCAUCAAGCACAAACGUUCUUAAGAACGAUGUUGAAUGGCGUGCCACAGUACGGGCUGGUGGUCAACCCACAAAAAGUGGUGGUCAACUUUGAAGUAUCAGGAAGCCUGGGCGCCGGGCCAGGCAUUCGAAUGCUGCCCCCUCGCUGCCUCUUACCGUGGUGUGGCCUGCUGCUGGACACCCACUCACUGGACGUCUAUAAAGACUACUCGAGGUAUGCCGGCCUGUCUCUGCGCUACAGCCUUACUUUGGGGUUUUUCCACUCAGCUGGACAGCUGAUGAAGAGGAAGCUGAUGGCCAUCCUCAGACUCAAAUGCCACACCCUGUUUUUGGACCUGAAGAAUAACUCCCUCGAGGCGGUCUAUAAGAACAUCUACAAGCUGGUGCUGCUGCACGCCUGCAGGUUCCACGUGUGUGCCCAGAGUUUGCCCUUUGGUCAGACAGUUGCUAAAAAUCCAGUUUACUUCCUGCAGAUGAUAUGGGACAUGGCCCAGUACACCAACAAGCUCAUCAGGUCCAGCAACAAGGGACUGACUUUGGGUGGUAAAGACCAGACAGGCACGGUUCAGUUUGAGGCGGUGGAGCUGCUCUUCUGUCUGUCCUUCCUGCUGGUUCUGUCCAAGCAUCGUUCACUUUAUAAAGAUCUGCUGCCGCACCUGCACAAACGUGCUUUCCUCAUCCCUUACCUGAUAGCGUUGGUGUUUGAGGGCCUCCCGCUGCUCUACCUGGAGCUGGCAAUAGGACAGAGGCUCCGAAUGGGCAGUAUCGGAGUCUGGAACUCCAUCUCUCCACUGCUGGGUGGACUCGGCAUUGCCUCCAUGUUGGUGUCGUUCCUUGUGGGCAUGUUCUACAACACCAUCCUGGCCUGGGGGGCCCUCUAG